AUGAGUGCUUCGUUGUUUUAAAUUAGUCCGAUACAAAAAAACAUAUAAGUUUAAUGCAGCAACUUUAAAAAUUGCAUAAAUGUUGGCUCAAGUCUAGAUUGUGCUUUGUUCAUAGGAUUAAUAGAGUAUCAUAUUAAAGUCAAUAAAGUAGAAGAUAUUAAAAAAAUAUAUGAGAAAGCAUAACCGAAUAGUAUUGGAAAAAUUAAAACAAUUAUUUCAAAUUCUGAAAAUUAGCAAUAGCGAUUAGAAUAUAUUUUGAGAGAGACAAAGGAAUAAAUUAAAAAUUUGGAAUUAUUGAUGAGGGAUUAUUUUCAAAAUAAAGGUAUUUCUAAUGAAAAAGACAAAAUUAAAGAUUUAAAGAACAAAGUUAAAUUGUUAGAGCAGGAUUUUAACAUAAGACUAGUGAUCUAUGAUACAAAAACCAACUCUAAACUCUAAGAGGUAGGAGCUACAACUAUUUACAUUUAUAGAUCUGAGCCUAAUUAUUAUAUUCUGAUUAAUGCUUAGGAAAAUUCAAUUUCAUGUAGUAAAUGCAAUGGAUAAUAAAAUUUACAGAAACUUAAAUGUAAUCAUUUUGCUUGCUUUUCCUGUAUAUAGAAUUCUUUUGAGGGGAAAAAUGCUACUAGUGUUUCUUGCUUCACAAAAGGUUGUUUAUUAAAAAUAGAGAAAACUUAAUACCUCCAAAUGAAAUUGCCAAAAACUCAAGAUUUAAAACAGUAAUAAGUUAAACAAAGUGAUCUUUCCAUUAAAUAAAGUGUCAAUAAAGUCGAAAAGAAGUAGGAAUUAUAUAGUGCUAGUUUGGAAGAGAAGAAUGAAAUAGACAACAUUAAUAAUAAGCAACUUUAAUCCUCAAGUAAACUUGAGUAAAACAAAGGGGAGAAAAAUACAAAUUAGGAAAAUGGGAAGUUACAGCAAUCAAUUAAAACUCAGUAGGAAUUAGAGAAAUAGUAAAAGAAUCAAAUUGAAUAAACAGAAUAGCCUAUUAGGCUUGAAAAUCCUAAUACUGUUGAAUAUCCAUUAAAAAAUAGUUAAAAUUCUAAUUUAAGCACUGGAAAGCGUGAUAAUUAUCCUUAAAAUUAGAAAUAGGAGGAGGUUAAUACGCCUAAAUAAAUACAGAGCAAGCAAUGUAGCAAUUGCUUAAAAGAUUGCAUGGAUUAAAUAUUUGAGGCAAGUUGUGGCCAUUGCUAUUGCCCAAAGUGUGCUCAAAUCUUAAAAUCUAAAAAUUAAUAAUAUACAUGCCUUCAUCCUAAAUGUUAAAAAAAAAAAUAAAAUAAAUUUGAAUCUAAAUGUAAUCAAUGUGAUGAUGUUAAGGAACCUACUUAAUUGUUUACAAAUUUUUGUGGUCAUUCAUUUUGUGUCUAAUGUUUAGAAGGCCUUGUAAGGAACUUGAGGAAAUGCAAAUGCCCUAUUUGCUAUUAUAGUUUACAAGAGAAUGAUAUUGAUCUCUUUUUUGAAAAUAUAUAGCUUCAUAUUUAUGAAAAAGAAAUACAGAAAAAUUCUCAAAGAUAAAAUGAUUCUGAUAUUGAGUACAUGCUCUUACAAUCAAAUAACUCAAAAUAUUGUACCUUUUGUAAUAGCCCUUUUACAGAAUAUAACACUUAAUAAUAAUUGUCCCAUUGCCAAAAUCAUUUACAUACAAUAGGAGUUUGUUGUUCAAUCUUUCCUUUGGACUGUCCUUAAUGCUAAUUGUCAUCUUUAGAAAUUUCAAAAUGUAUAGAUAAUCAUUAUCAUAGAUAAAAUUACUUUUGAAAUAAGAAACGAUUUUGAGUAGAACCCAUUAUAUUGA